CAAUAAAAGUGGCUGCCCUGUAACUACGUUCAUAUAUGGAAAGUGUUACCCUUUUUUUAGACAAAUUUCCCGUCAGUAUAUAAAGUGAGGGAAGCAAAAAGUGAGUGAAUAUUCAUUAGGGUUAGUAUUGACGAAAUAAUGCGUGGGUAUAGUUCUUUCCAGAGAGCCUCCAGGGCUUUCAAUGACUAUCCUCAUCUUCCUAAAUUACUUGUUCUUUUCACUGUUAGUGGUGGAGGGCUAGCUACUGUAUGUCACACUGCAUUUGCUGAUGCAGGUCAAGAUGAUCUUAAGAAGAAGAAAGUGGUAGUGCUUGGAACAGGCUGGGCAGGAACAAGUUUUCUUAAGAAUUUGAAAGACCCCUCAUAUUCUGUCCAGGUCGUGUCUCCUCGUAACUAUUUUGCCUUCACUCCUCUGUUACCUAGUGUUACCUGUGGCACAAUCGAAGCAAGGAGCAUCGUAGAACCAAUUCGUAACAUUAUCAAAAAGAAAAACUUCGAUGCUGAUUUCAAGGAAGCUGAGUGUUACAGGAUUGACACAGUAAACAAGAAAGUUCACUGUAAAACAACCCAACCAAGUCAUUUGGGUGGUGGUAUAGAAGAAUUUACCGUAGAUUAUGACUACCUGGUGAUUGCUAUGGGAGCUAGAGCAAAUACUUUCAACACCCCUGGUGUUGUGGAGAAUGCUCACUUUCUAAAGGAAGUUGAAGAUGCUCAGAGAAUUCGUAGGACCGUGUUAGAUUGUUUCGAGAGGGCAAGCCUUCCAAGCAUAAGUGAAGAUGAGAGGAAGAGAAUUCUUCAUUUUGUGGUUGUUGGAGGUGGUCCAGCAGGUGUGGAGUUUGCUGCAGAGCUUCAUGAUUUUGUGAAAGAGGAUCUCGCCAAGUUGUAUCCUGCACUUAAACAAUAUGUCAAGAUAACACUCCUUGAGGCUGGGGAUCAUAUACUGAACAUGUUUGACCAAAGAAUUACGGCGUUUGCUGAGGAAAAAUUUGGGAGAGAUGGUAUUGUCCUGAAAACUGGAUCAAUGGUGGUGAAAGUAAGUGACCGUGAAAUAUCAACCAAAGAGAGAAGCACUGGCCAAACUGUUACCAUACCAUAUGGAAUGUGUGUCUGGGCCACUGGCAUUGGAUCUCGCCCUGUUGUUAUGGAUUUUAUGAAACAAAUCGGUCAGACAAACAGGCGAGUAUUAGCAACAGAUGAAUGGCUCCGAGUUGAAGGGUGCAAUGAGGUUUAUGCUCUUGGUGAUUGUGCCACAAUAAACCAACGCAGUGUCAUGGAAGAUAUUGCAAUCAUAUUUAGCAAGGCAGACAAGAACAAUUCCGGUACUCUAAGAAUGGAUGAUUUUAAAGAAGUAAUCCAAGACAUAUGUGAGAGGUACCCUCAAGUGGAUCUUUAUCUGAAGAAAAAGCAGUUGAAAAAUUUUAAUGCUUUACUAAUGAACUCGGAAGACCAUGCUGAAAUUAACAUCGAAAAGUUCAAGAAACUACUUGCCGAAGUAGACUCCCAGAUGAAAAAUCUUCCUGCUACUGCACAGGUUGCAGCUCAACAAGGUAGCUACCUCGCUGACUGUUUCAAUCGCGUGACUGUAUGUGAAGCAACUCCAGAAGGUCCACUAAGAUUCAGAGGAACAGGGCGUCAUCGCUUCCAUCCAUUUAGGUAUAGGCAUUUGGGGCAAUUUGCACCUUUGGGUGGGGAACAGACUGCAGCUCAACUCCCUGGAGACUGGGUUUCAAUAGGUCACAGUACUCAGUGGCUCUGGUAUUCAGUAUAUGCAAGCAAGCUAGUCAGCUGGCGUACAAGGGUGCUGGUGGUAUCUGAUUGGAUAAGGCGUUCGGCGUUUGGGAGGGAUUCUAGCAGAAUCUGAAACAACAUCAGACUAGACAAUACUGAACUCUGGAUUUAUUGCUUUUUUACAUACUGUAAUCGACUUCUUACUAGUGUAGUUGAGAAAUUUUGUUCGGAUUGUAUUUUCCUUAACCAACUUCUUCUCCUUCAAAGUAAUAUUUCACCAUUUAUUCUUUUAGAAA